UAUGCCCUGAUUAAGUUACAAACUGAAGCUACAAUAUUUUGGAAGUGUUCUGAAUGUGAGAAGUUACAAUAAUAUUUUCUAUAUUUAAAAAUGGAAGUAGCUGAAUGUAAGAUAACAGCUGGUACAGAUAAACCAAGUCAAGUACUGGAACAGAUUUGGCAUCUAAACCUAAUGAUAAGAGAAACACUUCUAAAGAGUGACCUUCAAGAUAAUGAAGCUACAGCGGAGUAUGUGCCUAGAUUGAUCUCUCUCUUGCAAGAGCUCAGCAGUUCCCUCAGUCAAAAGCUACAACACACUACAGAGAUCCUACAAGACACCUGCCAGCUAUUGAAUACUCUUCAGAACAAACACAAGCAAUUGGUUUCAAGUCAAGAUAUCACUUUUAUGGGUUGUCUUCAAAAAAUAAUUGAACUCUUUCUGGAUACAGUUACACAUCUUCAAGAGGCAAAAAACAAAUUUUAUGUUAUUAGAUGCAGCCAUGAUGAUAAAUCUCAAUCCCAGAUUGUUCAAGAUGUUUUCAAUGAAACAGUUGUGUGUGAAGGAGAAGAGACACAUUCUGGGAAAGUAUCUGCUGGUGUAAGUCAGCCACUCCAGGUAACUUCUCCCAUGAAUGAAAGGAAAAGUCCAAACAUUCACCAAGACCAGCCAAGCGAAAACAAAACAGUGGGAAAAGAAACUGCUAUAUCAUUAAGUGAAAAAAAUCCUGAUCAAGAACAGGCAGUAAGCAGAGACUUCCCAAAGCUAAUGGAAAAUGAAGAUCACAAGCUACUACAGAGUUCACAUACAGAGCAAAAAGAUUACAACGGAAAGGAGGAAAGUCAUGGAGCAGGGCCUUAUAAUAAGAAAUGCCUAAAUAGAACUUUUCAAGAAGUUCCCAGGAGCAAUGGAGAGGAUAUAAUUAUAUCUGGAAAAUCCAAAGAUAUCUGUGAUAGAUCUGUAAUUAAUCUUUCUGAUCAACCAACUCAGAUGGAAUAUGAAGAUCACAAACCAACAGAGAAUUCAUGUGAAGAAGAAAAAGAUGACAACAGAAACGAGGAAAUUUAUGAGAUUACUGGGAGCAACAGAAACAAUACAAUUGAGUCUACAAGGUUGGAGAAUAUAUGCAAUACACCUGCCAUGAAUCUUUCAACAAAUGAUUCAGAAAAAGUGGAAAGAUCAAGUCCCUGGAUGAACAAAGAAUUUCUAGCAGAAGUGAGUGGUAAGAUUGAACCUGAAGUUGCCUGUUAUAUUACAGCACCUUCUAUCACUUUAGAAAAUUUAGUAUGCAGGAUCAUCAAUGACAUGAGUUCCUUGGUGGUGGAAGAUUCUGAGGAGCUGGUCAGCAAUGUCAUCAGUGUUGCAUGCUUAGACCAUGGAAAACUAAUUCCCUUUCCUAUCAACAUUGCAAUCCCAUUCACUGCACGCUACAGAGGAAAUUAUCGAGAUAUCAUGGUGAAGGUGAUGGAUAUGAACUUUCAAUCAAGUUACUUAACUCCCAUUUCCUUUGAUGGGUGCCAGGGAAACCAGAAGGGGGCCUUUGCAGAGGUGAAAAUUUGCCAGCUUGGUAUUUUUUCUGUGGUGUCAUGCUUAAAAAAAGAAACAUUCACCAUUCCAAAGAAAGGGCUCUCACAAAAGCUAAGCAUGGAUUCUAGAAUCUCUUUCUACUACCCUCCAGAAACAUUCAGUUCUCCAGUGACCAUGCAGUUAAAGGUCCAGCCAAUUGAGCCAUCACUGGUUUCCAUAUUAAAGGCAAAAUAUGACAUGUACCAUUCAGUAGUGUCUACUAGCCCACUGGUUCAUAUCCAGCAUCCUUCAUCCCAGCCAUUUAAUAAGUCAGUCAGUGUUGUUCUACCCUGUCCUCCAAAUCCAGAAAAAAAGAGACCAGGAGAUGCAACAGAACAUGCAAGAGCAUCUAGUGCCACUGUAACCAGGGUUACAACUGCAUAUCAUCUUCGGGCAAUGAGUGCCUCGGUGAGAAAACAUGGAGAGAAUUUCGGUGAAUCCUUGAAAGUAUUGGGUUACAGAAGCAAAGAAGAGGAGUGGGUUGUGCUUGAUGAUGUUAUUGUGCGGAAUGCACGGAACGGACUUGUAUCUUUUGAAGUAGAUGAGUAUUUAGAAAGCUUUAUUGUCAUUCGCCUCUCAUUUGCCAUGGACAAUACACAUCUAGUUCUGUUUAUUCAGGCUCUGAAGGAAGCCAUUCGCAGCACCAUGGCUAAUGUCGUACUAUAUCGGAAAAAAGAAAACCCUCAUAAAAUAGUUGUUUUACUGGUUCUGUCGAAAGAACUGAACUGGGAGCUGCAAAGCCUCCAUGAGGAGGGAUACUUUGGUCCUCCAGAACCAACGCAACAGUUUCAACUAAGAGAAGGAGAGCAGAUUCAUUUUAGAUUUAGUGGCAACAUAUUUGCCUCAGAUGAUGGGAAGGAUUUUGGAAAAGUCUACAGGCUUAUUUUUCAUUCACAAAGAAAGCCCAGACUGGAGCUCCAACUCAAAGAAGUGGAUGAAUUCGGUAACUACAGCUCACCUCAUUACAAGGGAACUGCAGUAUUUUACAAAAUAACCAGAGAAACAAUAGCCAAGAACUGGGAUCAACCCCUUCUGCCUGCUGACUAUCAGGACCAGUCACCUUUAUACAAGUUAGCACUAACCUUACCAAAGCAUGAAAAAUUAAUCAACCGGCCACAAAGCACAAAAAGAAUUGCUACAGAUUCAUCAGAGGCCCUGUGGGAUAACUUGCUUUACUGGCUCGCAGAGGAGCUCUCAGAAGAUAAUGCAUCAUUGCUCUCUCUGCACCUGCCUAUCCGUCGGAGCGCUCUUCAGCUUGUUAGACUAAAGUGCCCUGAUAAUCUAACGCAUCAGAUCUAUGAGCUUCUUUGCUUCUGGAAAAAGAAUCUUCCAAGAUCAGCUGAUAAACAGCGACUCCUAUCUCGUUAUCUUCGUAAGAGUGGCAGAAGCGAUCUUUCAGAAGAGCUCAGGUUCAAGUGGGAGAAUAAAGCAUUCACUUGGCAAAAGCACUGGUUUGAGAUGGACAACUGAAAGACUGAUAUCCAUAUGUUUUCAUCUUGGGAAAUUUGAUUGUUUUUCCUGCAUGUGACUGCACAAGUAGUCAGAAUUUCCAAGUGAUAUUUGCUUUAGCUUGAUAAAUGCUUUUAAAUUUUUACAAUGAUCAUAGAAUCAUAGAAUAUCAGGGUUGGAAGGGACCUCAGGUCACCUAGUCCAACCCCCUGCUCAAAGCAGGACCAAUUCCCAACUAAAUCAUCCCAGACAGGGCUUUGUCAAGCCGGGCCGUAAAAACCUCCAAGGAAGGAGAUUCCACCACCUCCCUAGGUAACGCAUUCCAGUGCAAUGAAUUGGCAAACAGGGGAAAAAAGACCAGUCAGGCCGCUGGGUGUUCUUUAACUCUUCAGUAAAUUUUCACACUCUUCAUGAUAGCACAAGUUGUCUGCCUUGACUUCUUUAUAUUCUUCCCCUUGCCUAAUAACAGCUAAUGUUCCUCAAUAAAAUCAAACAAGUUGCUGAAAAUACAGAUACCAAGAAUUACAUUCAGCUUUUGGAUAUACACAUAGGGCUCCACUGAUUGUAGUAGAAUCUGGUGUUUACCAAUAUGGCCCCAUAUUAUAGGGGCACAGGAAUUACCAUAUUUCAUCAGCCCAAUGGGUGACCUAGUCCAGUAUCCUAUCUCUAAUGUUGGUCAGUACCAAAUUCUUAAUAGACCAUAAUAGACAAUUAUUAUAAGGCACUAAUAGGGGAAGCAUCUUCUAAACUCAAGCAGCUAGUGGUCAUCUCUGGCACAUAAAGGGAUAUUCCCUAUGAAUACUUUAUCCUUGUGAGUGUAACUGCCAAUUAUACUCUUAUUGUUCAUAAGAAUGCCUAAGCUUCUUCUGGAUACAAUUAAAUCCUUUGUCUCAGUGCUAUAUCAAUAGCAAUGAGUUCCACAGAUAAAUACUGAAAUCUGGAGAAAAUUUCUUUUUCUCAAUUUUAAAUUUAUUGCCUUGUAAUUUCAUUCAGUGUCCUGUGUUCUUAUGUUAUGGGAGAGGUAAAUAGAAAUGCCUGAUUGACAUUUGUAUACUAUUCCUUAUUCAUUUACUCUGUAUCACUUCUUAUUCAUCUCCUCUCUAAACUAUUAUGUAAAAUUCCUCUCAGCUUUAAAAUGGAGUCAUGACCAAGGCAUCCCUAAUAUUGCAUAUCAAUUGCCAUACAUUACUGCUGUAUUUGAAUUACUUUGUUCUUGCAUCACAUUAAUUGACAGUGACAGUGUGUAGGACCUAAUCACUAAUAUAUUGCUAUCCAUCUGGUAUGCCACAAACCUGUUUAAGGGGUAAAAUGUGCCAUUUGCAUUAGUGGCUCAAGGCUCAAGAUAGCUGGGAAGCCACAGUGAAUCAGAGGCUGCUGGAAGGAAGAUACUGAUAUUUGAUAUUUACAAACACAGCUAUCAAUUGUACUUACACACACAUAGCAUAUAUGGAAGUAGUCUUUAAAAUACAGUCCAUUUGUGCAGCCUUGUUGUUCUAGUUAUAAUUAUUUUCCAACUUGAUUAAAAAAAACAAAACAAAAAACCCACUACUUUCUUCAAAUUCAAAAUAAAUCUUGGAAAAUAAUAUCCUAAAUUAAAAGAAAUUCUAAACAGUGGGCAAGCUCAUGUUAUUAGAAUAUCCUGAAGUAGCUAUCACAUGUAAGAAAACUACAGCUUUACAAUCUGAGUAAGACAAACAGUCUGAAUACUAUUUAAUUCAUCUAUUGAUUGACAGAUUCAGCCUGAAGAACACACUUUUUUAAAGCAAUUUAGAAACAGCACAAGAAUUAAUUUGGUCCAUUCUGUGAGACAUAAGUGCAAAAAUAUACACUCAUUUUCUUUUCUUUUUUUUUCUUAAAAAGAAAAAAUGCCCACUAAAACCAGAUUACAUUUAAGUGGGGCCAAUCAUUUUGUCAGUAGCAAUUGAAUCUAGCUCUCUUGUAUUUUUGUCACUUACUCUGCUAACACGUUCGUUGUCAAUUAAAAGCAAUUAUUUUGAGUACUUUCUAUAGUUACUUAUUCUGCAGCAACUUUAGUUCCAGAUACCAUCAAAAUACAUAGCUGAAACUCGCAUAAUGGGAUGGUCCAUGACAAGGGCUCCUACGUGCUACAUUAAUACAAAUAUAAAUUGUAAUCAUAAUCAUGAAACUAUUGUGAGAGAACUUUAACUCUACUUCCAAAUUACAAGCAUUCUGUGCUACCACCUACAUUCUACCACAAGAUGGCCUCUGUGUCUAGCCUAAAGCUUAUUCAACUAAUCUUCAGUUGCAGAAAAACAAUAAGAAAGGAUAAAAUGCAGUUUCUCUGUAAGGACUUUGAUUUUCGAGUGCUCUGCACCUUGUGCAGUCAUUUACAUCUGUGCAAAGAAGUGAGAAGGUUGGUUUCAAUUUCCUGCUCCUCCACAGGUUCCCACUGUAAUCUAUCAUAGGUACUUACAUGUGCAUCAUUGCCUUAGUAUCUGAGUGCCUCUCAGUGUAUUUAUACUCACAACACCCCUGUUCUCUAUGGAAGUACUAUUAUCCCCAUUUUAAGGCUGGAGAACUGAGACACAGAGAUGUUAACUGACUUGCCCAAAGUCGCAAAGAAAGUCUGAAGCAGAGCACAGAAUUGAAAUUGAGUCCCCCAUAUCCUAGGCUAGUGCUCUAAUUCCUAGCCACUUUCUCAUCCUUGACCUUAGACAAGUCACUUAGUUCUCCUGCAGAAAAAAGUGCUAAUUAUUAAAGUGGGGCGCUGUGAGAAUAACUACAUCCUGAGAUGCUCAGACAGUACAGUAAUGGGCAUCAUAUCAGAACCUAGGAUAGAUGGAUAGAAAGUUGAUGUAAAAAAUGCUGUGGUUCUGGUUUGUGUGCACUUCACAAGAAAGACUACUUAAGGUGCAAAGCAAUGGUGAGUCAGGCCCAUUACAAACUUGUAAUGUAGGCUGGCUUCAAACAGGUGUAUAGUUUAAUUAUAUUGUUUAAACCAUCUGCACAUUGUAAUCAACUAGGAAAUUUACCAAUGUACUGUACAUGUAUGAUAAUUCACAAUGUGUCAUUUCUAACCUAAAUUGGUAUGGAUAAAAUUCUGAUUUUGGACUUAGAAUAGGUGUCCAUUUAUGAACAAGAUAAUGCUAUGCAUGUUUUUAGGGCUUCCCUAACAGUUUGAUAAUAAUGCUUACCUUUCUUUUUUAAUCACUUUCAGAUCUAUGAAUGAAAAGCAGUGCUAGUUAGUUAUUUUAACUUCUACUGUAAAAAAAAAACCAAUUCCACUUUAGACAACAAUGCAAUAGGUGCAUUAACCUAUCAAAAAUGUCAGAUAUGGUGAAGGUUGCCUCAACUCUUAUUCUGUGUAUUGGAUAAAGCCAAACAUUUAUGUUGUUUUAAAACUUACUGUAGUAUUGGAUGGGUUUACUUUUAAUUUUAUUUCCAAGACAAAGAAAGAAGUCUCAAUAAUUAGAGCCAAUAAAUGUUGCUUUUGCUGUGUCAUCUUUGAGCUCCUUACACUUUGACAGCUUCUAGUACUUGGAACAAAUCCUGAAGUCCCACACAGUAUUAUUAAUACCUAAUAGCUGAGAUGAGCAUUAUGAAUGAACAGUGGACUCAUGGUCAGCUCUGACAUUAGCAUUUAUCCACUA